AGUUAGGAGCGAGCGGCGUCUAUAUAAUAACAGAGAAAUGUGCUGCGCCAGUGUCAGUGCACUAUUGGAGCGUGACAAGUACUGAGAGAUAUCGCACGCACGCCCGUGUGUGCGAGAGAUAAAUAAAAAGCGCGUAUACUCGUAUAGUGUUGUAACCGGUGUGAGAUAAUAGUAAAUAAGAUGGCCACGGUGUAUCCAGAAGUCGGCGAGAUCAAACGGCAGGCAUUGGAGACGUUCGCUAAGGAAUUCGGUGGCGAUGCUGCCGUAUGCGUGUGCGCACCGGGUCGAGUCAAUCUCAUCGGGGAGCACACUGAUUACAACGAGGGCUUCGUGCUGCCCAUGGCACUGCCUAUGGUAACGGUCAUCGUCGGCAGUCCACGGAGCGACGGAGCGACGUCCUGCAAGAUCGUCUCGCUGAGCCAGGCGGUGAGCGCGCAGAGCAUCGCCGAGUUCGAUCUGGCCAGUCUGAAGCCCGGCGAGCCCAAGUGGGCUAAUUACGUCAAGGGCUGUAUCGCCAAUUUUCCACAUCCCUUGAAGAAUGGAUUCAACGCCGUGAUAGUCUCUUCCGUACCCGUGGGGGCCGGUCUCAGCAGUUCGGCCGCCCUCGAGGUCGCCACCAUGACCUUCCUGGAGCGCGUGUCCGGCCACACCCUGGAAAAACCCCAGGACAAGGCGCUUCAGUGCCAGAAGGCCGAGCACGAGUACGCCAACGUUCCCUGCGGCAUCAUGGACCAGUUCGUCUCGGUGAUGGGCCGCGAGGGUCACGCCCUGCUGCUCGACUGUCGCGACCUGAGCACCAAGCACAUACCCAUGCAGCAGCUCGGCGACAGCGUCUUCUUGAUCACGAACUCCAAUGCGCCGCACAAGCUGAGCUCGAGCGCGUUUCGCGAGAGGCGCGACUGCUGCCACGCGGCGGCCAAGCUACUCGGCAAGAAGAGCCUGAGGGAGGCCCAGCUCGCCGAUCUCGAGGUGCUCAGAGCCAAGCAAGCCGACGAGGUGACGAUCAAGCGUGCCAGGCACGUGAUAACCGAGUGCCAGCGCACCCUGGACGCGGCGGCGAGCCUCGAGGCCAACGACUUCGCGCGCUUCGGCCGGCUGAUGAACGAGAGCCACGACUCGCUGCGCGACGACUACGAGGUCUCCUCCCGCGAGCUGGACACGCUGGUCGGUCUGGCCCGUAGCGUCGACGGAGUGCUGGGCAGUCGGCUGACCGGGGCCGGUUUCGGCGGCUGCACCGUCACGCUGCUGAGAAAGGACGCAGUGGACGCGGUGAUCAAAGUCAUCAAGGAGAAAUAUUCAGGAACACCGAGUUUUUACAUAGCAAGACCGUCGAGCGGCGCACGACCGUUAUGAGCUCAACGUGAGGAAUCAUUAUUUGCCAUGCAAAUAAUCAGCGAUACAACGAUCGCACUUGGAUCGAGUGCGCGUAUAAGGAUAAACUUUUUGACAAGGCAAAACACUUACGUUAGCUUACAAAAAGUUCGCAAUCAAUUGUUACAUACGUACAUAUUUACAGAUGAAUUUAUAUUUAUAUAAAUUUUAGCGUUAGAAUGUUCUAACCGCGUUAACGCCAAUUUUUUUAAAAUGACGAUUCGAAUG